GUUACCAGCUUUUGAAUGUGUGAGCUACUUGUAUACAUGUUUUAUGAACAGUGGGUAGCUAAAAAUUCAUAUUGUCUUUUGCCACUGUAAUAUACGACUGUUGUGAAUCAAGGUAUCUUAAUAACGGACGAUAUGUUAAAUAACCGAUUGUGAACUUUCCAGAGUUGCCAUUUUCAUGAAAAUUUAAAGGAGACCCUACUUGGAAUUUUUCGAAAGCUUUGGGCUACUAAAACUGAGGUCACUUGCUUUUGGGUUGGGAUACUUCCUGAUGACGGUGUAUAACUUAUAUAUAUAUGGAAAAAAUGGUGAUAACCUAUUUUACCGUGAAUGGACUCCAACAAAGCAAGGUGAAUGUCCAUCUGAUAACGACUUGAAGUUGAUGCGUGGUAUGUUAAUUGGUCUAAAAGGAUUUUGUCAAAAAAUUUCACCGUUGGACUACGAAAUUAAUCGGUUUUCUUACGUUACUAACACAUAUCGUCUUCAUUUUUACGAAACCCCUACACUAAUGAAAAUUGUUCUUACCACUGACAACUCUUGUGCACCAAUGAAUGAUGAACUUGAAGGGAUAUUUCAAAUAUAUACAAAAUACGUUUCACAAAACCCGUUAAUUAAAUCCGAAGGACCUAUUAAAAGUCAGGUCUUUUCUGAAAAACUUGAUCAAUAUGUUCAGAGUUUGCCUGUAUUUAACAAAUAAAUAACUUUUUUCCAGUUCUUUCA